GUAGUAUUAAAUUAAUUAGUAUGGAACCUGAAGGGGCGACGCUGGUCAGGACCAAAAGCCCUACAGACCCAGUAGGGUUACUAAAGACCGAUAAAUCUAGGCUGAAGUUGAUUGCGUGGUACGUCAUCGUGCAGUGUAUAAUAGUGUUUGUAGGAUCAGCAACAGUCCUCCACUGCGUCUGGAAGCCCGACGAUGGGAUUUACGACCUGGAGAUCCUCUCUCGCAUCAUGUAUUUAUACGACACCAACGCCUGCGGGAAGACCAGGUCCCUGAAGCAGACCCAGGACUUGACACUGAGCAAUGAGACGUUUGGGCUGAAUAUUAUACCUAUUAAGAAUAAGCCCGUGUCUCUGAAUGUGGUCGCUAAGUUGUCUGCGCAGACUAGGACAUACUUGAAAUUCAGUCUCGGUCUCCACGUUUUCUGGUUCCUCUCAGCCAUACUCCUCCAUUUGCUGAUCGGGAUCAAAAACAUGAAAGUGAUGAAGGUGAUCCUUAUGAUCUUCCGCUUUAUCACCUGGAGCGCCAUCAUCUUUGACGUUUGCAUGGCGAUUGUCUAUAUCGCGGAUAUACAGCAGAGCUUGACUAAAGCUAUGAUUAUAAGGUACAGCGGGUGGGGUAUGACUCCUCGCCAGAUAAACAAUCCAGACGAGUUCGGCGGAUGGGUGCCUAUCAUGGCGGCUACCGCGUGGUUGCGAUGCCGCAUAUUCUUCUUCUUCAACCUUUACCUCGUCAGAUUCGUGAAGAAUGUAAUGCAAAAGAUCCGAGGCAAGGAGGUGAAGAGCAGAAUCAGCAAACUGUGCAACGUACCCUUUCCGGAGGCUGACUACAACCAGAAGAUAAACGGGAACUCCUUGUAUUAUAGGGCGGGGGAAUAUAACAAGUUUUAAUAUCG